AUGGACGGGGUUUAUCCGCACUCCACCGUGAGGACCUGUUUGAGCUUUUUACUCCUGGUUCUGCUUCAAACGUCGGCUGAGGCCCAGCAGCUUUGUUCUGGUCUUGAUGACGUGACGUUUAGAGAAAACAACACAGCUGGUCAUGUGCUUGGUACAUUCACUACCAGCCAACCUGGUGUGACCUUGUCUUUUCUAAAUCCUCCCCCUGACAACCCAUUCACACUUAAUGGAGCCCAGCUGAUAGCCAAUAGGGUCUUUGACCUUGAGAACAAUGAUAAAGCAUUCACAUCUCUCAGGAUCAGCUGCUCUCUCGCUGGCGAUACGUACACCCACAACAUCUACGUAAGUUGUCUGAAUAUAAAUGAUAACCCUCCAAACUUUUCAAAGACCACCUACGACACAAUCGUCCCAGAGAUGUCUCCUGUUGGCACGGCGUUUGGCCCCUUUGAAGCUAAAGAUUUAGACGGCUCGCAGCUAAAAUACAGACUGACAUCUGAUUCUAGUGCAUUUACACUGCAGAGUGAUACUAGCCCCAACCUCGUCGUUCAGACGCUUCUUGACUUUGACAAAGUCAAAAGUUUACAAGUGACACUGGAAGCUGUGGACAAAGCGUUGCAAGAGGGUGAUCCUAUAUAUACUGCCACCGCCACCAUCAAUAUCGCCAUCUCUGAUGUGGAUAACAGACCGCCGUGGUUUCAACCCUGCACCCAGCACGAAAGCGGCGGAGCUUUGAUCUGCCAGAGCGUGGGAUACACCGGCAGGGUCGACCUAAACCAGCAGGAGGAGGGUGUGUUACCUCUGAAACCAGGACCAAUUCAUGCCAUUGACGGAGACUCUGGAAUAAAUGCAGAGAUUACGUAUUCCUUCCUGGGUUAUACUGGAGAUCUGUUUGCAAUCUCCCCAACCACGGGGAACAUCACCAUGCUGAAGCCAGCCGACGUGGUGGGGACCAUCAGCCUGGCUGUGGUGGCUGCCCAAAAGGUAAACAGCUAUCAGUUUGCAACCACCACCGUCAGCCUCAGUGUCCAGGUGACGAGUCUUCACCCUCCCAAGUUUCAGAAGACUCAGUAUACCGCCGUCAUCUCUUCAGUGGGGUCCAUGGCGGUGGACUCGACAGGCCAGCCACUGCAAUUCGUCGCCACAGACGCUGAUUACGAUACAACUCGGAGUCUGAAUCCCUACCUUACUUACUCCAUAACUGGGAGCAGUGGUUUCUCCAUCAUUAACGGAUAUUUAUUCAUGACUAAGGAGCUCCCAGACGGCACAUUGUCUCUGCAGGUGGUGGCAACUGACAGGUCCAACGACGAGUCAGCCGUCGCUCAGCUCUCAGUGGAGGUGAAAACAGGUCUCACCACCACGAGCUUGCCUCUGAGUACUACAGACAGUACAGCCACACCGUUCACAGAGGAAUCCACCACAGACAGCAAAACCACUGGAGAUACUGAGCCCACCUCCAACCCCAGUAUGACCACUGAUGGCAGUGUCUCAACUGCCACCCCCAGUCUGACGAGUGAGGGAGGCGCCUCCACAGCCAGCACAGCUCACCCUCCCACAGUGAUCGUACCGUCUGGUGGCUAUGGGUCCACAGACAUGGCAGCGCUUGGUGCCACCCUGGGCGUCCUUUUGUUCAUCUGUCUGAUCGUCAUCGUGGUCCUCAUCCUUCGUGUUCAGAGGGGGAACUCGGCCUGGAAAAAGAUCUAUGAAACCAGCAUGUUCCGAAGCACGCUGGGUCAAGGUUCAGGCGGCCCAAAAGAGACCGUCCAGUACACCAAUGACGCCUUCAUGGACGAUGAAGAUAGAGACAGUCCCGGACCAGAUGGUCUAAAGGGGGAGCCAAUGAAAGCUUCAAGAGACUUUGCUCUUGAAGAAGCCAUCGGGAAGUCUACAGUCCCACCACAUGCCCUCCUGCGUGACGACGUCAGCCUGUCGGAGUCAGACAAGGCCGACGAUCCAAAACCCAUCCUCACCAAAGAGCGACGCAGCGAUGAUGGAUACAAGUCAGUGUGGUUUAAGGAGGACAUCGACCCCAACGCCAAGGAGGAGGUGGUGAUUAUCCCCGACAGCAGAGAGGAUGACAGUGAGGACGAUGAGGAAGAAUCCAGCGGCAAAGAGGAAAACGAAGACGACAACCAGAAGUUAAAAACCCCAAGGGUCGGCUUUAUCGACACGGAUCUAGACAGUGGACUCGGGGUUAAGAUUGAGGAUCCAGGAGAGGACUCAGAGAGCGGGGAGGUGAUGACCUCUGGUCUGUGAAAGGCACAGAAUGGAAAGAGGAGUACACAAUGCAAUAAAGUGUAAUGAUGAUUUAUCAGAAGUCCAGUAAAACAGAGGACUGAACACGCCUUGUAGAAGAUAAGAGGAAGUCUGAAUAACUCUGUGAGCACGGUCCUGUGAGUGGAGCUUUAGAUCUGAAGUUAAUCUCUAUGUAAAUAUUCAACUUGUCAUAAUUAAUGUGUUUUUCCCAGAUCAUGGAAAGAGUGUUAAUUUCAUGUAUACACAGAGGUUAAAGCAGACGAGAUUCUUGUGCUGUAAAACAUUAGUUAUAUCCAUUAACGUUGUUUCUUCAACUCAAAGAGCCUGAGGAAGUUUUAGACUUUGAACUCGGCUGUGUGAGUUCUGGAAUGUAAAAAAUGCAAGAAUGAAUUGUUUGGACGGUUCAGAUAUUUUGUCAUACCUGAACAUGUUCAAUGAACUAGCUUUUUCAAGUUCUAAGUUUAAAAAAUAAAAGAACAAAAGAAGCAGGAAUAGGGGAUUUUGAUAUAAGUUUAUAUCUGUGUAUUAAGAUGAAUUUAUUUUCUCUCUAUUAUGUUCUUUUUAUACUUUUCCUCUGGCUGUAGGAGGAAGCAUGUAGUGCUGUUGAUAGUUUAGUGAAUGGAAAGGUUGGAGACUUUUAAGUUAAGCCAAUUCUUCUUUGUCCACCAUCCUGCCCACGACCUUUCUGGUUUCCUUUAACAUUUGUAUCUCCUUUCAUUCAUUUUAAUUUGAUGCUCACACCAUGAUCAGAUGGUAUGGAGCCACAGAACAUAAAUUACAAAUAACAAAACAAUAUAAUGAUGGCACACGGCGUGGUUGAAGUACAGCAGAUCUUACUUAAACAAAGGAAGGACAUUCUUCAGAAAAGCUCCUAAUUAACAGAUAACUUUCGGCUUAUCUGAUUGCAAAAGCAGAAUUAAUUUAAACACAGAGGGACGUUGGAAAUAAUACCUGGGUAUGAACCUCUCUCUAUUAUUCAGAAUGCUUGUGUUCUUGCAUUCAAACAAAAUAUGGUACUCGUCGCCCACACUGAUACUAGCUAGUUUGCACGGUGAAUAAUGCUAGCUUGAAAACCAUGAUGUUGGUGGAUCGUGAUCCUGAUGCAGCUAAAUUGAAAAAAAUAGAAACAGAAAUCCUCCUAGCUUAUAAAGACAAGUAAAAACAAAUUAAGAAAAAGUUGAAAUUUACAUUGAAACAACAGAGAAAUGUGUGUUUGUUUAACUAGGUAAGACACGUUUAAUAGCUGCAAUAAAACUUAAUAAUUCAUUGUUUUAACUUGCAAUUUAAAGUUGAAUCAAUGAAAUAUCAAAACAUACAUAACUUAAACUACAAUAGUGUGACAACCAGUACAUUAUAGUUAAAUCAAAAUUUUGAACUUUAAUUUUGGAUUUAAGAAAAAGCUACUUUUGAAGUUGAAUGAACUUACAUUUUCAAGGCCGCAGGGGAACUUUCAUUUCCAAGUUAAAUCAGCCUGAAAUGUCUUACAGUGAUAAGACCGACGUCUUCAUGGAGCCCUUGUGGUCACUGCGAGUAAAUGCACCGCAAAAAAAGUCAAAUUGAUUCAUACAGUGGAUUUAAGUGGAGUAAUCGCAGAGCAGACCCUUUCUUCUGACAGCUCAUAUCAAUGAAGAUAAUCUGAAAAGAUGUAUUAUUUAACAUUUUUUGAUUUAAUAAGCUCGGGACAGGACAUGUAUUGGAGGGAUCAGGUCGGAUGUUAGGCUGUGUAUCAGGAUAGACAUACGUAAAGGAGCACUUCUAAUUACCUACAGUUAAGUCUCAACAGCUUAAUUAGCACUCAGCUAAUUAUUGAGGUUAGCUAGCUAAAAAGCCUUUAGCUAGGACAUGGUUAAAUGCUAGCAUGAGUUAAACAAGAGCAGUGAUAUUUUAAAAUAAAACUAGACAUUUAAUGGCAGCCAUCUUUAACAAUAUAAAUGUCAGACCAGCACCAGUUAUUCCUGUUUUUCAUUGACUUGUGAAUUCAACAUGUCAACAUUAAACCAGAAGUGAAAAAGAGAGAAGCUUCAGGUGAUAAAAACAUUAACACAUGUUCCUGUUAGGGAUCAUAAAACCCUCCCUGCUGAUACAGCGACUGUAAAACAUUAUGACUGACACAAACUUUGAACUUCCCUAAAAUAAUAAAGAGUCAAUAGAAGUGUUUGUGAGCAGUUAAUACUUUGAACAUUCAUGUAAAUAUGUGGUUUUGCCUUCAGAUAUGCUUAAGGCAGAAAACAGAUUGUAUAUUAAUUAUUAUAAUAAACUCUAUGCUGAGAAAUA